AUGGAUUUACAAGAAAAAUAUCCAGUUGAGGCAAUGGUAUAUUUGUGGUACAAUUUUGAUGGUUUAAUAACUGGUAUUACUAAACUACCAGAGUGUAUGGCUAUUUAUGGUAACGAACUCGAAAUAAUUGAAAAUGAAAAUGAUAUUGAAUUGAUUCGAGAAGAACUAAUGGAUUUGAAAGGAUCGAAUGAUGAAGAACUUUUUCUUGACCUUUACGACUAUAGAAGUUUGGUCUCCAAAAAACACCCCCUGCUUUUGGAAGCACUAUUGUUAUGUUGUUCGUUAAUUUUUACUUCUACUUUAUUUGAGUCGGCAUUCAGUCGUCUCAAGUUGUACUUUAGACCACGAAUGGGAAUUGAUGCAGUUGAAAAGAUGAUGUUGUUAACACAUGAUAAAGCGCUUAAAAAAUCAGAAAUUGUAGUUAAUGAUCUCGUCUUUGAAAAUGAAGCAGUGGAUGUUCUUUGA